UUGCGAUGUCUCAUCGGUAUGCGUAUACACCGUAAUCGUAUACAGCCACACUUUCAUUGACCUGGAUGCUGCAGUCAGACAGCCAUCUCUCCAUCCACACACGUAUCAACAAUGGGACACAUCGUGUACAGUCGGCCAACCGGCCAACACAACUCCCACCCAAGGAAAAAGAACUCCGCCCGAUAAGAUGAGAGACAAGCCAAUCAGCUACUGCCCGUUGACUGUGCUGCCUUCAGCACCAGUGUCGACCCCUCCCACCCCACCUUGAAGCGUCCAAUCACAUCGUUAGGGCACCGGUCGGUCACCAGCUGCCGCAGCUCGGCGCGCAGCUCGUCAUUGAAGCCCAGAAAACAGACCAACCGCAGCUCCAGUUUCUCCAGCCCACGCACCCUCAGCAACGACGCCACACUCGCGAACGCCCCCUCGGCCGCAUCAUUGAUGUCAUCCAGGUUUGUCGUGAUGGUCGCUGCAUCAUGCCGUGCACACACACAGACAAAGAUGUCCGUGUCUGCAUGUUCGUCGUCCACCCGUGCCGCCCUCCCUCAUUCACUCACCAAUAAGGUUCACCGCCAGCUUCUUGAUCGUUGGCAGCUCACUAGCCACGUCGCCCAACGUCAGCCCAUCCCGGCCCACAUGCUCGACAUCACAGCUGAACGUCUGCAGCCGCCGGCCACUGCCGAUGGUCUGCAACAGCUGCCGCACCGUCCCCUCACGCACGGCCGACCCCACGAGCACAUCGGCCAGUGCUGGCAUGUGGCUGGCCAUCAUCCCCGCCACCUCACACGCAAUGGCCCCGCCCACGCGCAAUGUGGUCGCCUUGGGCAUCGCCGCGCUUUUGAGGUGCAACAGCACGGCUGGCCGGGGCGGGUCUUGAUGUCCCUCGGGAAGCGUCAGGCCGUGUGCCUCGCCGACGAUCACCCGCUGGGCCUUGCUGAAUGUGAGAGCCGAUGCGACCUCUCGAGCCGUCUCGCUGACGUAGCCGAUGCUCGAGUCAAUCACAUUCUGCUGUGUGCACAGCCACCUGACCUCAUGUGCGUUGGAGGCCAUCUGCUUGAGCGAUUCCUUGACGAAAACCGACGAGUAGAUGGGCAGCUCGUCCAGCAGGGACACAUCGAAACGCGACACACGCAGGUUGCUGAUGGUCACGGCCUGCAGGAUGUCCCGUGUGGCACCGACGGCCGCCACGAGAGACUCGACGGCCUCCAUGAUGGGGAUGAUCGAUGCGUCGAUGGUGUUGCUGUUGCUGGAGAGCCCGUGUCGAUCCAGUGCCAGAGUCACCGAUUCCAGCGAGCGGCACCCUCUCGCCACCAGAACGUUCUGCACACAAACGCAUCCACCGAUGCACAUCGUCUUCUUCCCGUCUCUUUGCCUGCUCACCCGCAGCCGAUUGAUGCCAUGUCUGUCGGCAAAUCCCACCAGUCUCAGCACACCGAUGGUCUGCAGACUCCGCAGCCGGCCCUCCUUCCCCUUGCCCUCCUCAACCCGCUCCAGCACGUCGGCCUUGUCGCUGGCAGUUGAGUUGACCUGCAGGUGCCGCAGCUUCUCAGACGUCCGCACGAACGCGCCGAGAGUGCUCUCAUCACACCGAAAGCGGUAGUCGGCCUCCACCUCUUGAAGUGCAGGCAUACUGAGUCGGUGGCCGAGAAGUCGGUACUCGUCGCGCAGGCCCUCUACUGACGAUAGGGCGGCGAGCUGGGCGGGGGAGGGAGGGGCGGGGGGAAGAAUGGGGUGUCUCUGCUCAAGCGCCCAUCUGUCUGCGCACGUCAGGUCGUCAUCGAUGGCUCUCUCGAACCGGAUGGAACGCAAUGAGCCCUUGUCGGGAUGCACGACGAAGGGUCCGCCUUCAUCCAGCAUCAUCUGCCGCCUCCCAUGCGCGUGCCCCUCGAUGAUAGAAAUGAGCGUCCCGAUGCACCACCUUGGCCCAAACUCACACCAGGGGUAGCGAUGGACAAUCUCCUUCAGCUGGUGGAACAGACGGCCCCAUUGCGAGGCUGAGUUGAGCGUCAUCGCUUCCCAGAAGGCGCAUGUGUGCCGUGAAGCGCUGAUCAUGAUGUUGGUGUAGCGCGCUGCAGCGCCCCGGAUGACGGGGUGAGAGAACAGGGCUGCCAGCUUCCACAACGGAAGGAACGCGGUAAUCAGACAGAGGACGUCAUUCGGCUGAUCGAUUCAACACAAGACACACACACACAUGAUCAGGUGACCCUCCUAUGGCCCGUGUGGUGGUGUGCGAUUACCAAAUCAAUGCUUUCUGGUUUACCAUCCCUGUCGGGCACCGAAACAACCGAGUGGAAGGAGUGGUACAGCUCACUGUCGGCACCGGUGCUCUCGGCAUCAACCUGACAGGCAAGCAAACAUGACGUGGCACACCUGGAUGCCCCAGAACCCCAGGUGUGAACCAUUCACGCCUGACCUGGUCUUGGUGAAUCUCGAAGAACUUUUCACCAGAUGAAACCUCACGAGGUGUCUGCAUCUCUUCGUCACCGUCCAUUUGCUUGACCUUUUCU